AUGGUGCCGGGCGAGGCGGCGCCGGCCGGGCCGGGCUCGCCGCGGGGCAGCGCCGAGGGGGCCGCGGCGGGCAGGAAGCAGCGCGCGGCCGCCCGCAGGAAGGCCUUUUCCCUGUUCGUCAAAGCCAAGGAGGUGCCGGCCGCGUCGCGGUGUCCCGGCGGCGGAGAGGGCGUGCGGUGGCGGUGCUGCCGGCAGGCAUUCGAGGAGCUGCCCGGCAUCCACAGGCACGUGGCCCUGCACCACUCCGGGGACGUGGGGCGGCAGGCGGGGCUCGGCGCGGGGCCGGCGGAGGCCGCGGGCAGCCCCCCGGGCAGCGCGGCCCGGCCGAGCGGGCACUCCUGCAGCAACCCCGAGAUCUCCUGGACGCUCCCGGACACCAGCCACGUCAGCCAGGAGGACCUGACGAGCCAGGUGGGAGACGUACUUCUCUAUUACUGUUACUGUGAGGUGAGGGAUCCAGAGAAACUCUGUGCUUGGCAAAAGGCCUUGUGUCAGCAUCUACAUCUCACUGGCAAGGUACGAGUUGCUUCAGAAGGAAUUAAUGGGACAGUUGGUGGAAGCAAAGUAGCUACCAGUCUCUACAUUAAAGUUAUGCUUUCCCAGCCUUUGUUCAAAAACAUUUUGUGUCAAGAGGAUUUCAAGAGCAGUGCAGGAGGAGCUCAUUGUUUCCCAGACCUUCGAGUUGGAGUAUUCAAAGAAAUUGUACCUAUGGGCAUUGAUCCAAAGAUAGUGUCUUAUAAGGAAACUGGAAUCCAUUUAUCCCCUCAGGAAUUUCAUAGAGAAGUAGAACAGUAUUUGUCUCAGGCCACUCAAGGACAAAGUGAUACCAUCUUGCUGGACUGUCGGAACUUCUAUGAAAGUAAAAUAGGACAUUUCCAGGGCUGUCUGGCUCCAGAUAUCAGGAAGUUCAGCUAUUUUCCAAGCUAUGUAGAUGAAAACCUGGAGCUUUUUAAAGACAAGCGUGUCCUAAUGUACUGCACAGGAGGGAUUCGCUGUGAAAGAGGCUCUGCUUACCUCAGGAGCAAGGCAGUGUGCAGAGAGGUUUACCAGCUAAAAGGUGGAAUUCACAAGUACCUAGAAGAGUUUCCAGAUGGAUUCUACAGGGGGAAGCUGUUUGUAUUUGAUGAUCGUUACGCCAUUUGUUCCAAUGAAGAUGUCAUCUCAGCAUGCAGAUACUGUGGGGUGCUGUGGGACCAGUAUAAACUUUGUUCCAGUCAGCACUGCCGGCAGCUUGUCCUGACAUGUCCAAGUUGUUGCAACAAAGGUCUUACAGCUUGCUGUCCUGUUUGUCAAGAGAAGGAGCUCAAGGUGACUUCAAGGGCUUCAGGACAGGUACUUAAGGAGGAAUGUGAAUGUACAAGGAGACGGCCAAGGGUGCCCAUUGAACCUGUCUCACCAAGGGUGCUGGACACAGGAAAAGAUUAAGCUGUUUCACUGGUUAAUCUGGCACGUGCUCGUGUAGAGGGCUUCUGUAACCAGAUCUCUAUCCAUUAACAAGUUAGGUUUGGAAAUUAUGAAAAUAUGUCAGCUUGGAAAGUCUUGUUCAUAUGCUGCCUUUAAACAUAGAAUAUGCCCUGAAAACCAUCCAUUACUUGCCCGUAAAUUACCAGAGUGCCCAAUUCAUCACCAGCACUACAGGAUUCCUCUCUCUGGGUACAGUCUUGUAGUGUGGCCUUUACCAUGGGGAUUUUGAAGCAGAGUAUCUGCAAUGUGACAGAGCUGCUCACAGUUCAAAAGAAACUGAAGGAAUUCAAGAACAAUUCCAUUUUUUUCUUCCUGUGUGGAGAUCAACCUAUCUGACCUCUCCAAGGACCAUGAAUCUGCUUCAGUAGCUUGUAGUAAGGUGUACAAACAGCAGAUUUAUCAGUUUGGUAUGGGUAUGAGACCAGAUUAGAUCCUGAAGAUAUAGUCCACAUGCACGCCAUUGACCUGCAUCUCUUGCUUUAUAGCAGUGAGAGGCAAGGUAAUGUUACCUGAAAUUACUGGCUUAACUCCUGUAAAACUGGCUGAAGGCAGCAUAAGGAGCUGGAGCAAAGGCCCAGAGACACUGUUUGCCUAGCCAUACUUGUGUGACCUGUAGGAUGAACAGCAAACCUCAUCUUCUUUCCAGUGCUCAGUCGCCCUGGGAGCUGUUUUUUCCCCUCAGCUUGUCAGUGUAUGAAAUAGGCAGGGCUCAGCUCUGCUUGCACUAAAAACACCUAACAGCUUGAAGCAUGUUGAAACAACUACACAAAGAGGGGAGCACAGAGACUGUCAAAAUGCCAGCAUCAUGGCACUGGAAGUGAUGCAUGUCUGCAUAAAUGUCAGCAACAGCUAUGAAAAGACUGCAAGAUCCUUUAUCCAGGUUAAAUAAUUCAAGUUCUGGGAAGCAUUUGUGCUUUUUAAACAUGAGUUGGGUUUUUUAAAAGCUGCAGGAUGUUUAUGCAAUUUCCAGCACUUGUUGGUGGAGAAAUUGUCUUUGAAGGGUCCUACAGCAGAUGAGCUUAAAAUACUGCUCCAUGUGCUGUAUUGUGUGCUUGAUGCUGUAGAAUGUACAGAAGGGAUUUAUUAAUAGCAUGGAAGAUGUAUCUU